UAUACCGCUCCGGACAGUUGCAUCAGUUCCUGUGUGUGUGUGUGUGUGUGUGUAUGUGUGUGUGUGUGUGCUAGUAAUGGCUGUGCUGUGGCAGCUCCACGCUACUUUUUAUUCCCAGGACGAAGAAUAAUCAUAAAUCCUUUUGCUCCUCUCCUCUUCUUGGAAAGGCUGUGAUCAUAAUAAAGACGUCACCCUCCUCCUCGGGUUGGUUCAACCAAGCUAAGUGCGCAGCUAUGUUGUAAGCUACAACAACAACAACCUCCAGCACCAUGCCCAUGGAUAACGCAGGGAUUUCUCUGAGAUCCCCUCGCCGUGUGGUGACGAUAUCUGAGUCAGAUCCACAGCAAAGACAGCCUUAAAUUGCUCUGGAUCUCUCUACCAGAAAGACGCAGAGGGACUAGAUCGCGUUGCGAGGCUGUUGUCGCAACAAAUAGGACGCAAGACGCGGAUUUGAAGAGUCAUGGAUGACACCUCUGCUGCAGCCCCAGCCCCCAGCACCGGUGUUGCACCAUCAACUCCAAAACACCAGCCUUCCUCCUUCGUCCCAUCCCGCAGCCUGCUAGAAUGGAAACGGAGGGUCAGGUCGGAGUAUAUGCGUCUUCGUCAAUUAAAACGCCUUAAAAAAGCAGAUGAAGUGAAGACCCUAUUCAUGUCCAACAGGCAAAAGAUUGAGCAGCAGGCAAAUCUGCUAAACACAGAGUGGUCCAAGCUCAGAAUUCAGGCCAUCCCUGUGUCAGCGUAUAGUGGAUCUCUGGCCAGCAAGAAGAUGUGUACAGUGGAGUUUGGCUUUCCAGGAUUCAAAACUCAAGCCACAGCAAUGAGACCACUGUCAACAGUGGCAGGAAUCCCCUUCAUGUACUCAUGGUCACCUCUGCAGCACAACUUUAUGGUGGAGGAUGAAACAUUUCUCCACAACAUCCCCUACAUGGGUGACGAGGUGCUGGAGCAGGAUGAGGCCUUCCUGGAGGAGCUUAUUGACAACUAUGACGGUGUUCAUGGUGACAGAGAAGGUGGGUUUAUCAGUGAUGAGAUCUUUAAAGAGCUUGUGGAGGCCUUGAGUCAGUACUCUGACCAUGAGGAGGAUGAAGAAGAGGAGGCAGCAGCAACUGUGGUGGAGGUUGCAGGGAAAAAAGAGGAAGAGAGGAUGAUGAGAAGGAGCUCAGCAGAGGGUUCAGAGGAGAAUAAAGCUGGAACGUUUGUGAGGAGGAAAAAGAGAAGCGCUACUGAUGUGAGGGAUUUGUCCAGCAGCAAGAGGAUCCCCAACGAUAAGAUAUUUACAGCUAUUGCCUCAAUGUUCCCCUACAAAGGCAGCACGGAGGAGCUGAAAGAAAAGUACAAGGACCUCUUGGAGCCCCCCAGCCCUGUGAAGCUGCCCCCCCUCUGCACCCCCAACCUAGAUGGACCUUUUGCAAAGUCUGUUCAGCGAGAGCAGUCAUUACACUCUUUCCACACGCUCUUCUGCAGACGUUGCUUCAAAUACGACUGUUUUCUCCACCCUUUUCGUGCUACACCCAAUGUUUACAAGAGGAAAAGUAAGGAGAUCCGCAUGGAGACUGAGCCAUGUGGUGUAGACUGCUUUCUGUUACAGAAAGGGGCUAAAGAGUUUGUGGACCAGAAUAUGUUACGGUCACAGAGAUCUCGGAGGCGACGGAGGCAGCAGCAGCGUCCUACAAGUUCUAGUUGUCCUGGACCAUCUAGGUCUGCUGAGGAAGGCAAAGAAGGAGAUAGUGACCAUGAAACCACCUCCUCCUCAGAGGGAAAUUCCCGCAGCCAGACCCCCACAAAGCUGCGUUCAGGUGAUGAUGACGGGGAGCCGCCGGCGUGCUGCAUGGUUGAGUGGAGUGGGGCAGAGGAGUCACUGUUUAGAGUGCUACACGGCACAUACUUCAAUAACUUCUGCUCCAUCGCUCGCCUCAUUGGUACCAAGAACUGCAAGGAGGUGUAUGAGUUUGCAGUGAAAGAGGUUCUGAUCCACCGUGUUCCUUUGGAGGAUGGAGACAUCUCACCCCAAAAGAAAAAAAGGAAACAUAGGUUAUGGGCAAAGAUUCAGCUGAAAAAAGAUAACUCAUCCAAUCAAGUGUACAACUAUCAGCCAUGUGACCACCCCGACCACCCAUGUGACAGCUCCUGCCCAUGUGUAAUGACCCAGAAUUUUUGUGAGAAAUUCUGCCAGUGUGAGCUCGAGUGCCAGAACCGCUUCCCAGGCUGCAGGUGUAAGACUCAGUGUAACACUAAACAGUGUCCCUGCUAUCUGGCUGUAAGAGAGUGUGACCCGGAUCUUUGCAUGACCUGUGGUGCAGCAGACCACUGGGACAGCAAAGUUGUAUCCUGCAAAAACUGCAGCAUCCAGAGAGGCCUAAAAAAGCACCUGCUUUUGGCUCCAUCAGAUGUUGCUGGAUGGGGUACAUUCAUCAAAGAAGCUGUUCAGAAGAAUGAGUUCAUCUCUGAGUACUGCGGAGAGCUGAUCUCUCAGGAUGAGGCAGAUCGACGUGGAAGGAUCUAUGACAAAUACAUGUCUAGCUUCCUUUUCAACUUGAAUAAUGUAGACUUUGUUGUGGACGCCACACGAAAGGGGAAUAAAAUCCGCUUUGCAAAUCAUUCAGUUAAUCCAAACUGCUACGCUAAAGUGGUGAUGGUGAAUGGAGACCAUCGUAUUGGAAUCUUUGCCAAACGAGCUAUCCUGCAAGGAGAAGAGCUCUUCUUUGACUACAGGUAGAGUCACGGGGCUUUUUGUGACUCUACAUCAACUUAAAAAUACAGCCAAGCUGAUGCCCUCAAGUAUGUUGGAAUAGAGAGGGAGGUAGACCUGAGUUAGCUUCACCAGUUGUCUACCUGCACACCCUGUCCUCAACUCCUCAGCCUUCCAGUAAUGCUUUUGUCCCUCUCGGCAGCAUCACAUUUAGCUGAUAAGUUUUUCUCUGCCCUCUUUGCUGCACUUCCUAAAAUAGAAUUCCCUCCCCUGAUGCUUGCAGGUGUUACUGCUCUGCAAACACAACACCACCUCCAUCAAUGACAGCAGUUCCCUCAUCGGCCUAAACCCACAUGCCUAGCUGCAAGACUGUAUAUGCCGAGCUUAAAAAGAAAUAAUAACUAUAUAAAGUGAAAAUACUAUUAAUCCAUAUUGCUUACUGCACUAAAGAGGAUUUUUAUGUAAUUUCUUUAAAGGAAAGAGGCCACCAUACCCAUUAUUCAGUGUUACUCUCAGUAGUUUUGUUUCUGUACUUAUAGACUGGUUUUUGUUUGACAUCUCAGUACAUAAUGCAACCUUUUACAGCAGCUCUAAUAAUGAUGAGUGAAAUGCAUGUUUUGUUUUUUGACAAACCAUCCAUUAAACAUGUUGAUCACUGCAUUUGCUUCAGUUAAAGUGCAGUCAGUAUUGUAGAAGAUGAUGUUGACUGCUCCACAGAAGAAACUAUCUCCUCUUUGACAGAUUGGUAUGUUUCUCUGUGAGCCCUUUCAGCAGCCAGCAUCACUACCACAUCGUUGUGAUAGAAUAAGCUAGCGUGCAUUUAUAUCAUUGUUCUGCAAAGAUAGUCAACCAGACGAGAAACCGACUGACUGAAUGUAACCUGUAGAAGACGGUGAAAAGAUCUCACCCCGCUUUUCAUUUUUCAUGUUAUCCUAUUAUUGGUACUCAGAGCAGUGUACAUACAUGAACUAUUAACUAUCAUGUUUACAUGAUCACAUUUAAACUAAUUAAUUGUCACAAAGUAAAUGUCUUCCUCAAAAAUGAAAAAAAUGCCAAAUGAGGCCUCACUGAAAAGUGCUAAAAUAAUUUGCAUGUGCUCAUUAAUCUGCAGUCUUGUUUGAGAUAGCCUUUUAAAGCAUAUGACAACAGGAAAAAUAAAAUUGUAAGUCCCCUACAUGUGAAUGUAAAAUAUCAUUGAUCAUGUUUUCUUUAUUUUUUUAUGCCCACUUGUGUCAUUCACUCUGUUGUUCAUUUAUAACAUUUAAAGCCCAAUUACAAAAGAGGUCUUUCUCAGUAGAGUUGAACAAAAAAGGAGUUUAAUGCUGUGUACAGUGUAUGCCAAUACAAAUAAAAAUUUAACUUUAUACAUUA